AUGGAUUUCAUUCUUGUCCUUUGCCUCAUGGAAAUGAACGGAAUUGGUUUUUCUCCCCUACAGCUAUUAGAUCAGAAACGCAAGAUGGAAAGGAAGCUCAUCGAAUUGGAGGAAGAAGCCACAAAACUUGUAGGUCAUCCCGUCCUUUUAAGCUCCCCUCAACAGCUUUGCUCUGUUCUUUUUGAAGAGUUAAAGUUGCCACCGCCUAAUCUAAACAACAAUUCUACAAUGAAGUUCAAAGGCGCCAAUCAACAAUACUCAACAAACGAAGAAACUUUGCAAUCUUUGAUCAAUCUUCAUCCGCUACCUGCAAUCAUACUCGAACAUCGACACAUCUGCAAAAUGCUGCAAGGCUUUGUGGUUCCCCUGUGUGAUCGUGCUGUGAAAUGCCCACAGGGAAAUACAGUCAGCUCGAUAUUUUCCUCUUGGAGUCAAAUUUCGACUUGCACAGGACGGCUGUCCAGCUCAGAUCCGAAUUUACAGAACGUUCCAAAGGCAGACUCCAUUCGCUUUGGAAACAGACAAGACAUGACCAAGGAAUUAAACAUACGAAAUGCGUUUGUUGCAAGGAACGAAAACGUCUUAUUGGCUGCAGACUACGUACAAUGUGAGCUAAGGAUCAUGGCACAUUUCUGCAAUGACCCCUCUUUGAUCAAGCUGCUGAGUGAAAACAAUUGUCCUUACACAGGAAUUGCAAGUCAUGUAUUGAAAAAACCAUUUGAUAGCAUCACGACACAGGAAAGGUCGACAUUCAAGACUGUGGUUCUUGGCUUGCUUUACGGGCUUGGCUGUAAAAGCCUGGCAGCAAGGUUAGGUCUAUCUGAGCAAGAAGCAUCAAGACACAUCUCAACAUUCUAUUCUGCUUUCCCAAAAGUCAAAGAAUUUCAAUCAUCCUGUCGAAAUAUUGUCAAAAGUAGAGGUUAUGCUGUGACCCUAUCAGGGCGACAAAGACCACUUGCAGACAUAUCUCUCAAUGGCCCGGAGAACAGUGCAAAACGGGCAUAUGCUGAGCGACAAGCAGUAAAUACCGUGAUCCAAGGCACUGCUGCAGACAUCAUCAAAAGGGCCAUGAAGUUCAUUUUGCUGGAUCUCAAGAAACAGGGGUUGGCAGAGACUUGUAGAUUGUGCCUUCAAAUUCAUGAUGAGCUUGUAUUCGAACUACCGAAGGAUCAACUACCUAAGUUUACAAAGAUUAUCAACAGAGGCAUGACAGAGAGCACGACGCUCCACGUGCCCAUGAGAAUCAAAUUCAGUGUAGGAAGCACAUGGGGUGAA